AUUAAUCUACAUAGAAUUUCAUUUUUAGCGCACACUCUUAUUAUUUUCUUUUACAAGAUGUCUACAGCUACAGCACCAGGGUUCCGCAAACAAGCUCCUAGUGAUUUCCUGAAGCAGAUUAUGGGAAAGCCAGUGUCAGUGAAACUCAACUCAGGAGUGGACUACAGAGGUGUGCUUGCGUGUCUGGAUGGUUACAUGAACAUUGCCCUUGAGCAGACAGAGGAGUACGUGAAUGGUCAGCUCAAGAACAAGUAUGGCGACGCCUUUAUCAGAGGAAACAAUGUUUUAUACAUCUGUGUCACCAGAAGACUCCACUGACUGAACAUACAUGUGUAUUAACUCAUGCACCCAUUAAUCUCUAUCUCAGAAUUGGAACUUCUUUUUGUCAAUCUAUUACAAUUAUUCACUUUGAAUAUGUUAAAUCACA